AUGAGGUCUGAUGGCAACGUUGUCAUCUCUUGGAUGCGUGAAUGGCACGUGGGGACUGACCUCCACCGGGAGGCCCAGAUCCAGUCUGCAGAGAUCUCCCUUUUGGCCAUCUUGGCUACUGUUCAGGCAGUGGAGAAGAAGAUGGAGUCUCAGGCUGUCCACCUUCAAAGCCUGGAAGUACGAACAGGGGCAGCUGAGAAGAAGCUGGCCGACUGCGAGAAGACCGCCGUGGAGUUCGGGAACCAGCUGGAGGGCAAGUGGGCCGUGCUGGGGACCCUGCUGCAGGAGUACGGGCUGCUGCAGCGGCGCCUGGAGAACGUGGAGAACCUGCUGCGGAACAGGAACUUCUGGGUCCUGCGGCUGCCCCCGGGCAGCAAGGGCGAGGCCCCCAGGGUUCCCGUGAGUACUGAAGACAUGGCUGGGUGCUUCUCCGAGCAGGAAGGCUGUCCAGAAGACUGGCAGAAGGAACUCUGCAAGCAUGCGAAGGGGUGCCAGGAUACGCUGGGAUCCCUGGAAACUGGUCAGCUGGGGCCCCCUGCAGCAGUGUUACCCUGGAUCAAGCAAGAGCAAGAGGCAUGUGGGAGGGACUUGCAGGCGAUGGCUACUACACCCUUGAGCUCAGAGACCUGGCUGGCCAGCAAAGAGAAGAGGAGCCUGGAGGGAGAGUCUGAGGGGCUGGAGUCUGCCUGGGCAGCGGAAGGGGGGCUGGACCAGGAGGACUUGGAAGGCAGCGCCUUUAGAGAUCCAUUUCCCAGCCCCGGGGAGAAGGAGACGGCCUCCCUCCCUCCAGGCAGCCAGAUGCAGGCCUUGCCGGCCGCCCAGGACCCGGAGCGGCGUCCGUCCUGCACCGAGAGUGGUGCGAACUCGAGGGGCCGGGAGCUCAGUGGGCUGCACGGCGUGGCCAGCGAGCUGCGCCCGCGCAAGGCGCCGCCGCGGGCCUACACCUGCACCCAGUGCGGCAAGAGCUUCGUCCACCAGUCCACGCUCACCACGCACUACCGCACGCACACCGGGGAGAAGCCCUACGAGUGCUCUGAGUGCGGGAAGCGCUUCGGCCGCCUGUCCACGCUGCUGGAGCACCGGCGCACGCACACGGGCGAGCGGCCCUUCCCGUGCGCGCAGUGCGGCCGGCGCUUCGGCCGCCUGUCCACGCUCGUGGAGCACCGGCGCACGCACACGGGCGAGAAGCCCUUCCCGUGCGCGCAGUGCGGCGCCUGCUUCGCGCACAAGCCCAGCUUCCUGCGGCACCUGCGCGGCCACUCGCAGGAGAAGCGCUUCGCCUGCGGCCAGUGCGGCAAGAGCUUCACCUGCCGCUCGUGGCUCGCGCGCCAUCAGGGCAGCCAUGCCGGCCGCGCGGCCGCUGCCUGCGUGGCUUGCGAGAAGGGCGCCCCCGGCCCCGAGCCCGCGGGCCUCCUCGCCGACGCCGCGUGGGGACGACCCCCCGGCGGCCCUCCCGCCCCACCCGGGGGUGGGACCCAGGCCACCAGGGCGCAGGACCACCGCGCGCCCCCCGGCGACGGGCAGCCCGGAGGCCUGGACCAGCCAGGCCCUGGGCGGUCACUGCACUGUUUUCUCUCUCGGGUGAAGAUGGAGAACGCAGGGUAG